GUCGGUUAACUAACUCAGGAAAUUCCAUCAUCCAACACGUGGGUGGGUGGGUGGGUGAAUGGAAGGAAAAGCCCAUGCAUGCUGUCUCUGUCUCCACGUGUCCUGCACAGGGUUCUGUCUGUUGUACUAGUGGGUAGCAAGGCUUCAUUUUGGAACUGGAAGAGACCUUAGAGAUCACCUAGUGUUACCCUUCUAUUAGAUACAGAAAGAAGUGGGUCUAAAGCCGCACAGCUAGCAAGGGAUGAGCAAGAACUUGAACCCAUGGAGCCUGCCUGCCUGCCUGCCUUCCUGCCUCAAGUCCAGUGUUUCUCCUGGGACGGUUUCUCAGUGGUCCGAUCUCUUCCUACCCCACCCAACCUGCCUUUGUGAAGGGUGCUGUGACAGUGCCUUUGUAACUAACAAUACUAGCUCUGUAAGAGAAGAAUGUCCCUAUUUUCUACUCUAGAAGAAUGGGAGGGAGGUGGGGACGGCUAAUUUUGUUCAGGUUUUCAGUGCCUGCUCUCUGGCACUUGCAACAAAGGGAGGCAGGACUCUUGAGAAUAAACCAAAGGCGAUGACUCCCUUGCCGUGAAUGGGGAGAGAGCAGGUAUGGGAUAUGGACCUGGGCUAUCCUAUUUCUCUUGUCAGCUGGGCGCAGGGCCCAAAGUGGGAGCCAAUGCUCAAACAUUUCAUCCUCAACUUGCCUAAGUCCCUGGUGAGAAGGGGGAUGGAGAGGGAUCUGGGCUAACUUGUUAAUGGGUGGGAUGCCAGGAUAGGGAGGGGACCUGUUUAGCCCAGAAAACUGUCCUCAAUCUCCCCUUGCCUCCUUGGGGGAUUCAGAAACCUGGACAAUUACUGACAUGCUUGUUAUUUCAGUGCCAUUGUCCAGCCUUUCUUUAAUAGUUUGGGAAAUGAAGUCCAGUUCUAAUAGCCAUUAUAGCAGUGGUAGUCCUCAGAGAGCCAAGAAUCAGACCCAGAUACUUCUGACUCUACAUUCAGCAUUCUUUUCACUAAAUCAUAUUUCAAUUGACUGAAUCCUAAGCACCAAGAGGAGGAUGGCGGCCACCACACACACUUUCUCUCUCUUCUUGGUCUCAUAAUCAUAACCACUUGCCUGCAAUCACAAGAUAUCUAUCCUUUGCCCCUUUGGAUUGAGGGUUCCGAUUGCAAUGGCUCAGAGUCUGAGAGAAAUUCAGACCCCACAGGGAGCUUUUAAAGAGGAUUUCGGCAAAUGUCCCCAUUUUACAGAUGAGCAAACAGAUCCAAGGAACAGAAAUCUUUUCUAGAUCAGGCAGUUCAGGAAGUUCCUACAUCUAAUUUGGGACUCAAAUCUAGGUCUCUUAAUUCCUCUCUCUCUCUCCCAGGCUAUCCCUACCUGGUACUGAAGCACUGAGCACAAGGCAAGCCAAAUAAAUGAUGUGACUUCUUCAGAGAAAAGGCAGGGCUGCCGAUGGCAUUUUUGCAGGGGUCUGGACUGUGGUCAUGUUGUGCUUCCUAGAACCUGGGGUCAAUGGUAUCUGGCCCACUACAGAGGCCAGUCCCCAUUGAUGGCCUCAGGGCCUCAGUGCCAAGAUCCCUGUAAGAUCUGAAAGGAUAUGGGGGGAGGGGGUUCUCAAACUAUGGCCCACAGGCCAAAUGCAGCAAUUAAGGACGUUUAUCCCCCUCACCCAGGGCUAUGAAGUUUAUUUAAAGGCCCACAAAACAAAGUUUUUGUUUUUACUAUAGUCCGGCCCUCCAACUGUCUGAGGGACAGUGACCUGGUCCCCUAUUUAAAAAGUUUGAGGACCCCUGAAUUUAGUCAGAUUCAACUGUUUAUCAUCCCAAGAGUAGUAGGCUUGGGGGUUGCUGACUCUAGGCAGUGAAAGGGUUACAGCUGGGAGGGUUAUAACUCCUCCCAGUCCCAGUAGACACUUGGUCCCUUAGCAACGUGCACUGCCAGGACGCUGACUUCUGGAGCUGGGGCAGAACUCCCUAGAAGCCCAGAGGAAACAUCUAGACCAGCAUAAUCUCUGAAGAAACGCCGCAGGGGUCAGUGUUUCUUGCAGUUCACAAACUAUGGAGGCCACCAAUGCCAUCGAGAAACUUCGAGUCAAGUGCCUGGAGCGGGGGGCAUCUGGUAUCAAAGGCCUGGCAAGAUUUUUUCGCCGACUGGAUGCCAACAGCAGUCGAGCCUUAGAUGCAGAAGAGCUGCAUCGGGGGCUGGAAGAGCUGGGGCUGGCCCUGGAAGCUGGUGAGGUUGAGCACAUCUGCAAGUACUGGGACCGAGAUGACAGUGGGACCUUAGACCUGGAGGAGUUUCUGCGUGCCUUACGGCCACCCAUGUCUCAGGCACGGAAGGAUGUCAUUGCGGCUGCCUUCGCCAAGUUGGACAGAAGUGGAGAUGGCAUAGUGACUGUGGAUGACCUUCGGGGUGUCUACAGUGGCCGAGAAAACCCCAAAUUUCAGAGUGGCGAGUGGACAGAAGAUGAUGUAUUCCGGCAUUUCUUGGACAACUUUGAUGCUGGUGAUAAGGAUGGACAGGUCACUGCGGCAGAGUUCCUGGAUUAUUACAGUGGUGUGAGUGCUUCUGUGGACACAGAUGAAGAGUUUGUGGCUAUGAUGACCAGUGCCUGGCAACUGUGACCAACGCUUCUCAGAACCCAAGGGAAGGAACCAGAGAGCCAGCCCUAGAUUAGAAUAACGCCCUCCUCCCCUUCCCUCUCUCACCCCAAGUCAGUUCAUCUUUUUCUGCCUCAACUAAACCACCUCUGCCCUCGGCCAACUGCUUGAUAGGAUAUUUGGGAAAGCUUCAGUAUCACUGAAUUUCGAGUCAGAGGAAAUGGAUUCAAAUCCUGACUCUAUCUCCUUUUGACCCACUUAACUGUGGGUUAAGUCCCUUCCCUUCCUUCUCUAGGCUUCAUCUUUUCUUCCUUUUUCAAAUGUGGGAGUUCAGAAGGGAGAAUGAAACUAAGAGACCAUCUAGUCCAGGCCCUUCAUCCCACAAUGAAGGGACUGAAAUGUGGUGGCCAUUCCGACCUUCACCACCACAGGGCUUCUCUAAGGCCUCUUCCUCCUCUAAAGUCUAGUGCUCCUAAAGGUACUCAAGUAGAUGGGAUGGGCUAGAGGCUGCUCCUUUCUCAAUUUGCCCCAAGAAUGUUAUCACUAGUUCCAUGAGGGCUUCCCUCUCUUGUGCUUCUCUCUUCAGGAUCCUAAGCGUGCAUGAGAUACCCAUCUAACCCUCCUCUCCAGACCCAUUGCUUGUCACUGGCCCCCACCUCACCAGGAGGAAGACGUGGGCUGUGACCCUUUAGACAGUUUGGCUAAUUUAUUCUGGGAAACUCUACCCUCCCCCUCUCUAAAUCUGCCCUCCUGUACCUUUGCUUUUCAAAUGAAAUCCAUGCUCUCUGAUAGCCUCUCA